UAAACAUCCCGAGAUAAAUCCCAACAUGAAGUUGUCGGUGGUCUCUGCUUGGUUCAUUGCCGCAGCCGUGCUCGUGUCAGCUGAUGCCGAGCGCAACGAACGCCAGCUCUUCUCAUCAUCGCGAUUCUCAUCUUCGGGACUCGUCUUCCCUGGACCACCUGCCCAGCAGGCCAAACAGGUGUUGCAACAAAGGGCCGGCAAUCUCGGUGGCCCACAGCAACCACAGCCUUCCGAGAAUCUGGCUGGUCCCGGACCGUCCAACAACCGCCCAUUGCUGCCCCAGCCAGCAGCCCAGCAGCGUUUCCAACAAGGGCCCAAUUUCCAGCGUCCAUCCAACGGUCCUAGGCCUCCAUUCGUUCCGGGAAAUCAGCCGGAAAGAAGCUUACCACCCGUUCCGCUUUCUUUGAUUGGUCAACAGCCGGAAGAAUUUAUUGCCGCCGCUCAACAACGACAGCAGCAACAACAACAGCAACAACAACAACAGGCUAGACAAGGAAUACCGCAAGCUGCUCGCCCUCAACCGAAACCCGAAGAAGAGCCUGAAGAGCUACUGACUUCCGCGGAAAUCAGAAGAGAAUUUCCAGAAGAAUUCAUCCAGCGCGCACCCGUUCGUCCUCAACAAAGAGAGAAUCCGGAAAAACCCAUCCGCAUCCGCCCCAGACCACAAGACGAGAGGGCCGAGCCAUCAAUUCAGCAGACACAACAACGCAGACCAAAUUACCCAUCCGACUACAAACCCAACCGUCCGCAACAGAAUAACGGAUUGGAGGAUGAAAGACGUCGGCCACAGGUAAAACAGCCCGCCGAAAACGAGGAAGAAUUGCUAGAGGAAGAGGAAGAAGUCAAGCCGGACAAAUUGCAGUUGUUGCUCCAGAAGACGGACUUUAGCUGCGCUGAAAAGAAGGACGGUUACUACGCUGAUGAGGCCGUCGAAUGCGAAAUCUUCCACUACUGCCAAGAUCGCACUCGCCAUUCUUGGCUUUGCCCAGCUGGAGCCUCUUUCCACCAGGUUCAUCUGAUUUGCAUGCCGGUUACCAAAGAUAACAUCUGCAAAAAGUCGUCUCAAUUCCACUUCGUUAACGAGUACUUGUACCAGCCCAUGCAAGACGAGGACGGUAACAACAGCACCUUGUACGCUGAUCGUUAUUACCCUGAAGGCUACGAGCCUGGAGAUGAUAUGGCCGAUGUUGUGGAGCCGGAAAAACCCAAUCUUCAAUACAACAAGCGCCCAACACCAACCCAGAACCAUCGUAGCCAACCACAACAGCAACGGUACAAUCCCGACAGACCCAACCGGGAACGCAUCAGCAACGAAAAUCGAAGACAGGGAAUUGAACCGAGGCGUCCAGCAUUUCAGGCACCCAACGCCGAAGAGGAGGUAGCCGCAUUCAACAAACCUUCCCGUGGUGAAGACUCGCCCAACCGCCGCUCUGGUAGCCGCCCCCAAGCUCAACCGGAAUUAGUUGAAGAAGAAGAGGAGCAGUAAUUUAUAAAAAUUCCGUUGACAUAAUGGAAAAAGCCGAUUUUUUGUUUUGUUUUAUUUAGUUAUUUGUUUUUUUUUUUCAGUUCUUCUGUUCUAUGUUUUGUUGUUAAUGUCUUCAUGUCCUCCCCAUUGAUCUGGUGCGUUGGCAGCUAGUGUCAAACGUGUCCUGCUAACUGAGAAUGUGCGUAUACUCGAAAAAGAACGAUUACACAUGUGUUGCAUAUAA